AUGCAUUACGUAUUAGCAAUCUCACAACCGCAAUAUGUUCUGGUCGUUUUGCUCACAUCGGACUUGCAUAUUAUUAGUCAUCCGAGUACUGGUGCAUUUCUUCAGCCUAUAGAAGCCACAACAAAAGGUUUAAAUGAUGUAAUUGAUAUUGUUAAUGUCGAGAGACAAAGUAUUCGUGCGAUGAAUAGUAGUUUAGGUUUAUUCGAUACACGUUUGAAUAAUUUAGAAAAACAUGUCAAAACUAUUAUUAAAAUUGUCUUUGAUCUGGUUCAACUUGAUUUUGAAACAUCGAUUUAUGCUUCGAUGCCUCUAAUUGAAGUUGUUACACAACUUCUCUGUUUUCAACAAUUAGUAUUUAUUCCAUCUUCACUGUAUCAAGCAACAUCACCAGAUGAAAUUGGACGUUUAGUAGGAACAAAUUUAUCUGGUUUACCGAGAAUUAAUCAUGUAUUUUCAGUUUAUGAAAUAUUAUCAAUUCCAUUUAAACACCAUUCAAAAUUUAUUCAGUUAGGUGAGAUACAGAGUUCUGAUUAA